AUGAGGAAGAAGCUCGAUACUCGUUUUCCAGCCGCUCGGAUUAAGAAGAUAAUGCAAGCUGACGAGGAUGUGGGGAAGAUUGCUAUGGCUGUACCUCUUCUAGUUUCUAAAGCUUUGGAACUAUUUCUACAAGAUCUUUGUGACCGUACAUAUGAGAUUACACUUAAGAGGGGAGCAAAGACUUUGAAUUCCUUGCAUUUGAAACAGUGUGUACAGAGCUUUAACGUGUUUGAUUUCCUGAGGGAUAUUGUCGGUAAAGUUCCUGAUUUAGGUGGUUCAGAUGCUGCUGGUGAAGACAAAUCUGCUGUUAAAAGAAGGAAAAUUAUUGAUGAAGAAGAAAAUGGCAGUGAGGAUGAGUUGAAGAGUGGCAGGAUGGAGACUGGUCAGACUAAUAGUGGCAGAGGAAGAGGUAGGGGUAGAGGUAGAGGUAGAGGCCGUGGUAGAGGUAGUCGAACAUUAGAGAAAGAGUUGCCUGUUCAUUACGAGAAAUUUGAAGAUGAUCUGGGCAUUUCUCAGCUUAGCAAUGGGAAGCAAAAGGAAAAUCUUGAAAGGCUGGAUAGUGGGGCAGAACCUCUGAAUUCUAAGGAAAACACUUUGAUUGGUGAGAAUGCAAUUUUGCCAGUUCGGAACUUUGAUCUUAAUGUGGACUUGGAUGAGAACGGGGACUCCACAACCAUACCAGCUGUAACUCCUGCUAGUCCAUCAACAAAGCCCUCCCUUGAAAUGAAGCAUGAGGAAUACCCUUGCUGGCCACUUGUGGACAUGGAGAGAAUGACCAUUGAUCCCAUUCAACUUGCCAGUUUAAAUAGGAUAGAUGAGGAAGAGGAAGAUUAUGAUGAAGAAGGAUGACUCACUGAAAUGGCACUGUGGUUUAUGAACAUACUCAUACAGGUUGAUAGUUCUUUUCUUAGAUGUAUAUGUGUAGGUAAUGCAGAUUAGAGAGGCAAGGAAUGAGUUUGUAAAACAUGGUGAUGAGAAAGUCAGCACAGUACUUUAGGCAAUGCUGAAAUAGGAGGCUUUCUUUUUGGCCUUUUAGGAGCUUGUAUUAUACGUUUCUAUGUCAUCCACCAACAGCAACAGUUUGAAAAAAUGAUUCCGCUCUGACUAAAAGUUCGGAAAUUACACAGGUUUGUGUAAUUGACUCUUGUAGUUUGAAUUUCCUUCCCCUUUUAUUUUAUGAUUUUUUCCUUUUAAACCCCUCUCCCCCCCAGUACCUAUCAGUUGUGUGUGUAAUUAUCAAGUGGACUGGGAUCUUCAUGAAAAUGUACAAUGUAU